AUGAUGAUGAACACAAAGAAGCUCAUCAAGAUGGCCAAGAAAUGGCAACAAAGAGCAGCCUUAAGCAGGAAAAGAAUCUCAUUUCAAAGAUCAAGUACUACUAGUAGCUCAACCGCUGCAGAGAAGGGGUGUUUCGUCAUUUACACGACGGAUAAAGCACGCUUUGCUUUUCCGAUAAGUUACCUAAGCAACUCUGUUGUCCAAGAGCUCUUGAAGAUCUCUGAAGAAGAGUUUGGCAUCCCAAGCGGUGGACCAAUCACUUUGCCAUUCGAUUCGGUUUUCUUAGAGUAUCUAAUCAAUUUGAUCCAAAGACGAAUGGAUGGACAUACCGAGAAGGCCCUGUUAAUGUCAAUCUCUAGUGCUAAGUGUUUUUUACAAUGUUCUUAUCAACAACAAGAACAGAGUACUCAACAAUUGCAUGUAUUUUAG